AUCCGUUUAGAUGGUCCAUGACCCGGUCCAGAAGCUGAUAUCUGAAUUCUUAAACCCUCACUAAAACCUUCAAACCCUUCAAAGAGUUCCUAAUUUCCUCCUCCUGAAAAAAAAAAAAAGAACGGUUUCUGUCAUCACUCAUCAGUCUGCCCAGAUGUUGAAAGCCCUCAAGCUGUCGAAUGUCUUGCAGAAAUCGAAUCGGAUUUGGACUGGGUUUUCUUUCUUCAGUACCCAAACCCUGUUCAGCAGAAUUUUGUCACCCCGCGGGAAUGCUAAGGUUUCCAUUGUUCCCAUUCUAGAGCGAUGGGAUCAAGAAGGCCGACCAAUUCAAGAAUCUGACAGCAGAACCUUAUUGAAACUCCUUAGAAACAAGAAUCGAUAUGCUCAUGCUUUACAGCUGGCUGAAUGGAUGACUAAAGAUUCUAAAUUAUCACCUGGAGAUGUUGCAGUUAGGUUGGAUUUGAUUUCUAGGGUGCAUGGAUUAGAAGAGGCAGAGAAGUACUUUAGUAGUCUCCCUGAUACAUUGGUAACGUUUAAGGUUUAUGGCUCACUUCUCAAUUGCUAUGCUCAGAGGAGAGAAGUCGGAAAAGCUGAGGCCAUCAUGCAGACCAUGAGGUCAUUGGAUUGUGAUAUGAGUCUAUCUUACAGUCUUAUGUUAAACCUCUACCUUCAGUUGGGAAAGCGUCAGAAAUUUGAUAAGCUAGUUCAAGAGAUGGAAGAGAAAGGCAUUAAUUUUUGCCAAGCCAUGUUCUGCGUUAUGCUGAAUGCAUAUGCUACUGAUUCCAAUAUUCAAGCUAUGGAGAAGCUCUUCAAGAAAAUGGAAAAUGACCCCCUAGCUAGGGUGAAUUGGGACGUCUAUUGUGUUGUAGCGAAGGGAUACCUUAGGGCAGGACUAGCUGACAAAGCUUCCGAAAUGCUGAUGAAGGCAGAGAAACUUGUCGGAAGGGAUGGAAGAUUGGCCUCCAGAAUUUUACUUAGUAUGUAUGCGAGUUUGGGUGAGAAAGACAAAGUCCUUCAGAUCUGGAAUAAACACAAGAAGAGGGGAAAUGUAGCUAACACUGAUUACUUUUACAUCAUGAGCUGUUUGGUUAGAUUGGAUGAUAUUGAUGGCGCGGAAAAGGUUUUUCAGGAAUGGGAGUCCGCGAAGACUAAACAUGAAUUUCGAAUCCCAAACUCGUUGAUAAAUGCCUACUCCAAAAAGGGCUUGCUGCCUAAAGCUGAAGCACUGUUUAAUAGGGCUGUAGAUUCCGGAAGGAAGGUACGUUCCAACAAAUGGAAUCAUCUAGCAACUAUGUACUGUAAAGAUAAUCAGAUGGAUAACGCUGUGGACUCGAUGAGAAAGGCUGUUGUUGCUCAUCAAGGCCAUGACUGGAAAUUAAAUGACAGUACACUAAGAGCAUGUCUUGAGUAUUUGAAGCAAAAGGGAGACACAGAACAUGAGGAAUUCGCUAAGUUACUUGAUAAACAUGGUAUCGUCUUGAAUGAAUUUGCGGAAACACAUGAGAAUGGAGGUUCUGAUACUGGUACAAUUGAUGAACUCCAAGCAAACCAUGAAGAACUUGAUUUUUUGUCUUCGGGAUCAAAUGCUGCUAGAGACUAAUCAUGAGCCGUGCUCGGAACAGCUAUUCUUUUAGUGUCUACUUGAUUGACUUGGCGUUCCAUGAAUUUUUUUUUUUUUUUUUUUGAGUCUCCAUAAAGGCACUGUUUUGACUGGGAACCAACGAAGUUUCAGUCUCCGUAAAGGCUCUGUUUAUGGUUCAAUAUUUCUAAUCCCAUCAUGAAAAACAAAAAAAAAAGGUCAGCCCUGCAAUUACGAAACAUGAGCUAGACUAGUUCUUGUUGGAUUUAGCUUUGGCGUGCCAGUUAUGCGUUGUGUGGGCAUUCGGAUUUGUCCAAUUGGAGAAAUGCAGCCUCCAAUUAAAAGAAACGAAAAGCUGCAACCCAUUUUACUUGCACAAUAGCUUAGGUGUUCUUUUUGGAUUGCUUCUCUAUUAUAAUCUAUGACUCUAAUCUAAGUUCUAAA